CCCAAAACAAUUAUCAAAUCCCACAGCACAGAAUGGACGUGGAAGUGGGGUGGCAGUCAGAUGAUGAUUCCCAGAUUUCAGCAGAAGAGCAAUCUGAUGACGCCAGCCCAAGCUCUAAAAGGGUGAGUCAUAAAUCCAACUUCUGGCUCCAAGAACAAGAAAAUUCUUCUCUACCCUCAAGGCCAUCCUGCAACAUUGAAGGACCUUCAGGUAAACAAGAGCUCCCAGUGGAACUGCAAUGUGAAGAUGAGGAAACUUAUGAAACCUGUAACCAGAAGCGGGGUGAAACCCCAACGGGGAUAUUUGUCACCUCCAAUACUAACUUUGACUUACAAUGUGAAGGUGAAGACCUAGAACUGUCUUUCUCUGAUAACCCAGAAGAACCUGAGGGAGAGCUUAGUGAGGAUGAUGAAAACAUCAUCCUCAUUGACACAUUGGAUGGAGACCUUGAGCCUAGCUCAGAGGAAGGUCUUCCUUACCGAUGUAAGAAGUGUAGGGCUUCUUUUCAUGGUUUAGCUAGACUCCAGGAACACAAACAGAGCCACUUAGCAGAACACUCCUACCACUGCCCCAUCUGUGGCAAAAAAUUCUUUCGGGCUGCCAAUUUACGAAUGCACAAGUUGAUCCACUCUAGUGAUCGACCACAUAAGUGCCCUGAAUGUGACAAAGGAUUCAUUCGUACAGCAGAUGUAUGGCGACAUCUUCGUAACGUGCACAAGAUUGAACACUCCAAAGUGGUUUUGGCAAAUGGUACUUUGAAGAAUCCCUGGUCUCUAAUGCAUCAAAAUGAGUAUGAGGCUGAUCCAGAUAAUCAGAGUUCAGAUGACCAAAAGCCAGGAGGGGAGGAGCCCACACCUUAUGUCUGUCCAACCUGUGGUAAGGGCUUUCGCAAACCAAACCUACUUUCCAAACACAAAGUAAUCCACAGGAAGGAGAAGCCAUACAUAUGCCAGGAAUGUGGCAUGGCCUUUAUCCAGCUGCUCAGGCUGAAAAGGCACCAAAAAACACACUCUGGAGAACGUCCUUUCUACUGUGAUGAGUGUGGUGGGUCUUUUACCCGAUUAUCCUCACUACAGCGCCAUCAAAGGAUUCAUACUGGAGAGAAGCCGUACUCUUGUGUUUAUUGUGGGCAUUCCUUUACUGAGUCGGGUACUAUGAGGAGACAUGAGCGUACACACAAAAUGGGAAAAGAGUAGUGGCUAUGUUUAUUAUCACCUUGUUUGUUUUUGUUUUCAUAUAAACUCAACCUAUUGUCUAGGACAAUCUUUCCAAACUACUCAUAACAAACUUAGUCCCAUGCCUCUUCCUUACUGUCCCAAUUUCUUGCCCUCAGUUAUGGAUGACAUUUUUAUUUCAGAAGUGAUCCAGUAAUUUCUGCCAAGAAAAAGCCCUAUCCAGCACUGAAUUAAACUUUAUAUUUCUCUCUAUAGGUGGAUUGUAUAAGAACCACAUUUUUUAUUGACUUCUGUCAGGUUGUAGUGGGCAACAUUCUUUCCAAAAGACUUAUUAUCCUAAUUUAGGACUUUAAUAAGGUGUGUCUCAUU